UAGUGGUGAUGCUGCUCCCUGGUGCGUGGAGGAGAGAGCGCGUGUCCGCUGCCCAAUGACAGCGCAGGAUGCUGAGAGAGGCUGCUCGAGUGAAUGGAGGCGACAAUAUGCCAUCUAAAGCGGCGAAGGAGAGGAAUUAACAUCGAUCAAGAUCUGACUUUGAUGUGUUCCCACCAUUAAGGAAUGAAGUAAGUCACCCAUGUGCAGUUCAGAGGGUCACAACAGUCCCACUUCAGCGCACCUCUGUUAAGGACCCCUCUGGUGGCUACACCGCCGAUUCACAGGACAUGUACGGCAGUGCCAGAGCUGUAGGCCAUAUAGAGAGCAGCCCCGCACGGUCCCCGCGCCUGCCAAGGUCCCCCAGACUGGGCCAUCGGAGGGCCAACAGCGGGGGCGGGGGUGGUGCGGGGGGGAAGACGCUCUCCAUGGAGAACAUCCAGUCACUCAACGCUGCCUAUGCUACUUCGGGGCCCAUGUACCUGAGCGACCACGAGGGCGUGGGCUCCACUGCCACCUACCCAAAAGGCACUAUGACUCUGGGUCGGGCCACCAGCCGGGCCAUGUACGGGGGCCGCGUCACAGCCAUGGGCAGCAGUCCGAACAUCGCUUCAGUGGGGCUUCCCCAUGGGGACCUUCUGUCUUACAGUGACCUGGGCUCCCUCUCCAUGCUACACCACCACCCCCACCACCACCAGGGGGUGCCCUCUGCACUGCUGCGGCAGGCGGUGCGGGGCAGUGGUGGGGAGCUGCUGGAGAUGCAGGUCCAGUUCAGGGACAUGCUGAGGGAGAAUGAGCUGCUGCGCCGGGAGCUUGACCUGAAGGACAGUAAGUUGGGAUCUUCCACGAACAGCAUCAAAAGCUUCUGGAGUCCUGAGCUGAAGAAGGAGAGGAUCAUGAGGAAAGAAGAGGCGGCUCGCACAUCAAUCCUUAAAGAGCAGAUGAGAGUCAAUCAUGAGGAGAACCAGCAUCUCCAGAUGACUAUCCAGGCUCUUCAGGACGAGGUGCGCACACAACGAGACCUGAACCACCUGCUGCAGCAGGAGGGCAUCAACCGCUCCGACCACUACACCACCAUCGAGCUGACGGAGGAGAACUUCCGUCGGCUGCAGGCCGAACACGACAGGCAGGCCAAGGAGCUCUUCUUGCUGAGAAAGACACUUGAGGAGAUGGAGCUGAGGAUCGAGACCCAGAAACAGACACUCGGAGCAAGGGACGAGUCCAUUAAGAAGCUGCUGGAGAUGCUGCAGAGCAAAGGGCUGCCCCCGGGGCCGGGCAGGGCGUCUGAGGAGGAGGAGCACGAGAGAGCUCGGCGCAUCGCUGAGGCGGAGGCCCAGCUCGGACACCUGGAGGUCAUUCUGGAUCAGAAGGACAAGGAGAACAUCCAUCUGCGAGAGGAACUACACAGAAGAAAUCAGCUGCAUCAAGAUCCAGGCAAAACCAAGGCCCUGCAGACCAUCAUAGAGAUGAAAGACACCAAAAUUGCUUCUCUGGAGCGCAACAUUCGAGAUCUGGAGGAUGAGAUUCAAAUGCUGAAGGCGAACGGCUUACUGAACACAGAGGACAGAGAAGAGGAGAUCAAACAGAUGGAGGUCUACAAGAACCACUCUAAGUUUAUGAAGGCCAAGAUUGACCAGCUGAAGCAGGAGUUGUCAAAGAAGGAGUCGGAGCUGCUGGCUCUGCAGACAAAACUAGAGACCCUCAACAACCAGAACUCCGACUGCAAACAGCAUAUCGAGGUGCUAAAAGAGUCUCUCACUGCCAAGGAGCAACGUGCUGCCAUCCUUCAAACAGAGGUGGAUGCUCUACGUCUGCGUCUGGAGGAGAAAGAGUCCUUCCUGAACAAGAAAACCAAGCAGCUGCAGGACUUGACGGAGGAGAAGGGAACUCUCGCCGGGGAAAUCAGGGACAUGAAGGACAUGCUGGAGGUCAAAGAAAGAAAGAUCAAUGUCCUGCAGAAGAAGAUUGAGAACCUGCAGGAGCAGCUGCGGGACAAAGACAAGCAGCUGGGGAACCUGAAGGACAGGGUCAAGUCUCUGCAGACCGACUCCAGUAACACAGACACUGCCCUGGCCACCCUGGAGGAGGCGCUGUCAGAGAAGGAGAGGAUUAUAGAGCGUUUAAAGGACCAAAGGGAGAGGGAAGACAGAGAACGUCUGGAAGAAGUGGAUUCAUAUAGGAAGGAGAACAAGGACCUGAAGGAAAGGGUCAACAGCCUGCAGAUAGAAUUAACAGAUAAAGAGUCCUGUCUCAUCGAUUUAAAGGAACACGCUUCAUCGCUGGCAUCCUCUGGCCUCAAGAGGGAUUCAAAGCUCAAGUCACUGGAGAUCGCUAUCGAGCAGAAAAAAGAGGAGUGUAGUAAGUUGGAGACGCAGUUGCAGAAGGCCCAUGAGGUGGAGCAGCAGUCCGGCCCCAGAGGGAACCCAGAGUACGUGGACCGAGUGAAGCUGCUGGAGAAGGAGGUGAGCUACUACAAGGACGAGGUCAACAAGGCUCAGACGGAGGUGGAGAGACUCCUGGACAUCCUGCGAGAGGUUGAGACUGAGAAGAAUGACAAGGAUAAGAAGAUCGCUGAGUUGGAAAGUCUAGCUCCCAGUCAUGAUUGGUACCAUUUUGAAACAAGAUUCAUUCAAAGUGCACCUGACAUGAUUGUCCAUUACGCUGUACUUGUUCCUUUUGUUUUUUUCAUGUUAUUUGUUGUGAUUUAUGAGAAUAUAUUGUACCCUACUCACACAUAUACUUACUACUUAUGUAACACUUUUGCCUCAAGUAUGUAUUUUGCAUUUCUUAGUAGAAAAAUGCUACAGCAACUACAGAAUAGAAUUCAGAAAAAAGAUUGGCAUGAAAAUGCUGCAUUUUUGUGGUUUCACAGACAAGGAGGCAAAGACCUGACAAAGAAGGGUCCAAAUAUCAAAAUGGGACCACAAGGGGACAAGAAAGGCUUAGGACAAGACCCUCGUAAAGACGGCUCCAUGGACAGUGGCCACCACGUAAAGUUAGAGGAGCUGAUGAACACACUGGAAAGGACGAGGCAGGAGCUGGAUUCCACCAAGCAGCGUCUCUCCUCCACUCAGCAGUCGCUGCAGGAAAGAGACGGCCACCUCACCAACAUGAGACAGGAGCGCAGGAAACAGCUGGAGGAGAUACUGGAGAUGAAGCAACAAGCCCUGCUGGCAGCCAUCAGUGAGAAAGACGCUAAUAUUGCACUGCUGGAACUGUCUGCGUCCAAUAAAAAGAAGACCCAGGAGGAGGUGCUGUCCCUCAAGAGGGAGCGGGACAAACUGAUGCACCAGCUCAAACAACACACACAAAGCAGAAUGAAGCUGAUCGCCGACAACUAUGAAGAUGAGCAAUAUCAUCCACAUGGUCCUCACCACCCUCCAACUCAGCCCCCGCACGCUCAGCCUCAGCCCCAGCCGCAGUACCCUCACGCUCCCCACACUCCUCACGCUCCCCACGCUCCCCACGCUCCCCAGACUCCUCACGCUCCUCACGCUCCUCACGCUCCUCACGCUCCUCAUGCUCCCCACGCUCCCCAGACUCCUCACGCUCCUCACGCUCCCCACACUCCUCACGCUCCCCAGACUCCUCACGCUCCCCACGCCCCUCACGCCCAGCAGACUCCAUAUCCACACACCAUACAUCCGCAACACCCACAGCACCCACAGGCCCCCCAACAGCACCCGCAGCAGCCACAACCCCAGUACACUCACCCACCUCAUCCACCACACCCUCAGCAACACACUCAGCAGCACCCUCAGCAGCACCCUCAGCAGCACCCUCAGCAGCACCCUCAACAGCACCCUCAGCAGCACCCUCAGCAGCACCCUCAGCAGCACCCCCAACCACCUCCCCAGCAUCAACAGCACCCACGCACCCCGCAGCCCCAACACCCUCACCAACAGCACCCACAGCAUCCUCCACAGCACCCACAAGGACACCCUCCUCCGCAGCACCCUCACCCUCAGCACCCACACGGCACUCCACAACAAGGACCCCACCCCCAGCAUCCACAUCCCCAGCACCCUCAGCAUCCUCAACACCCUCAACACCCGCACCACGCCCAGCAUCCACGUCACCCAUCGCCCCAUCAUCGUGGAGGGUCGGCCCGAGGACCCCCACAUGCUGGUCACCGCCCUGCUCCGGACCAGGAUGACGACGAGGGCAUUUGGGCAUAAUCUUUGCUGUGACAACCAAAGCUCUAAUAUUGUUUUGAGGGACGAUUCAGUCACUACUGGAGGAGCACAGCCAUGCCAUGAUGUUGAAACACUACCCGACCAAACAUGUAUUACUUCCACUCAAUAAACGCUCAGCAAUGGUACCUUUGUUUAUUUUCCGGGGAAGAGGAGGGGGCACUCAGGUGUGCAGGUCAUGCGGGGAGACUGACAGCUUUGCAGGUUACCUGGAACUUCUUCUUUGUGUGAACAAGAGCAGACGUCAUCUACUUCCUCAGCACAGGAUCUCAGAUACGGAACUGAAUUGGAAGGAAAGAGACAGAUGUUGAUGGGAAGACGGAUGUGCUGUGUGUCACAUCUCUUCAGGCCAACAGUGCCCUCUUGAACCUCCCAGCAGAGAUCUCAUGGCUGUCUGCCAGCCCAGUAUUGGUUCCUCAUCCAUCUUCCUGUGGUUGACUCAAGAUCACGGUUGUCUCGCUGUCUGUUUCCCCUGCCUGACUGACUCCUCUGGCUCCGGUUGGCUCCCCCACCUGACUCUUUCAUGGUUUCUUAAUUCUCACUGCCCUGCUGAUCCACCUGGUGACAUCUGACCCCUCUACCUGGCUAUCAUGACCCUCAUGACUCUUUUGUAGUUUUAAUCAUCUGAUCGUGUUGAUGAGCUAUUUCACUCUUUGUGGCACACAGUGACUUCUUUUUUUACCUUUACACCUGCCCAACACACCGAUCAGCAUUUACUGAAAGAGAUAUAGUGUCCCACACACCAGACUUGAGUUAUUUUAGUUAGACUAAUAGACCGCCUCGAGCCUUGCCUGCAGCAUUGGUGGUUUCCUCUGCUGCACGAGCUUUUGGACUUUUUCUAGCCUCAAGGCUGUGGGUGCCAUCCAUCUUCCUCUUCAUGUUACCUCAUUUUAAUCAGAAGUAGUCAAAAAAAAUCAAUCUAUGCAGAUGUCAGUGUAGAGUGAAUGCAUACUCAAAUUUAUCAAUCAAAGUGUAAUUAACCAUCCAAUCAGAGCGGCCAAGAGAGCGGUCAGAAACUACUCAUCAGUCAGAUUAUUUUUAAGUUUCUGAGACUAUGCACCUCCUCCGUGUUGCAGGAAUUUUUACUAAUGGUGCUUCUGCUGGUGCUCAAACUAAAUGGUGUCUGAAGACCUGGUCAAGAGCAUCUUUUAGUCCUUUUACAGUAGAGGGACUUGAUCCCACAAUGGGCUUCACAAACAACUGUAAAAAGAUUGCUUUGUACAUACAAUUUGACCUUUGGGGCUUUGUGAGCAACAAUCACUUCAAGACCCACAGGGAGGAGAUCUCCCUCUAUGAAUACUGCUACUGUAAUUACAUUAUAGACUAUGAAGUGGAGGACGUUCUAUAGAUGUUUUCCCUGCAGGUCUUUUUGUACCAUUGACAGCCCAGUCUCUGACCUACAGUAUGCCCCUGCUCCCCUCUCCCUUGUAAUGUUCCUCUUCUGGCAGUAGUCUGUGUGGCCUCCCCAAACAUAGUGACUUGUUUUCUCCUUCUCAACAAGGAGGCCUGUGCCUCGUGAAAAAAACUGUACACAUAUAUGAUAGAUAUGCAUAUAUUAUACAUAUAGAGAGAAAUCUAUAGUGUGUCUAUACGUGGUCAGAAAAUCGUUUCAAACUGACAAGAUAAUAUAUCUUUUUUUCUUCAUGGUUAUUUUUAUAACUGGCUGGAGGUCAGAGAGAUGUCUUAUUAAGAGUGUUGAGUGGUGUGAUUUUCCUCUGAUUUGUACAUGAGUAAACCCCUCAGCAGCAACAUUCCCUGUCUGAAAACACAGGACAGCCCAAAAAUAAAAAAACAAGAGCUUUAGAGCAGUUUAUGUGAAAUAGACAAGUAUAUCCAAAUCUAUCUAGAAGUCUAGUAAAGAUGACAUUAUUACAUUCCUUUCAUCAAUGUGAAAACAUUUAGUUGAACACCGCUUAUGGUGACAACUUUGAACAAUGAAAAAAAAAAAAAAGACUGAAUUUUGCAGCUCACAUAAGUAGCAAUGAGGUUAUGUCUGCUGCCCUCAGCAGUCAGAAACUCGCACUUGUGAGUGAGGACUAUCACAUUUAACAUCCAAGUGGAGGUUUGAGUGACUCUGUCGAGAUGCAUUUCUUUCACGUGUUUGUCGUUGUCGUCGUCUUGUAAACAGAAGUGGUGACAUACGUGACUGUGACAGCUGACUAAGUAGAAAAACCAACACACAUUGUUGCAGUGUAGUGGAAAAUUAAAUUAGACUGUUUCAAGACAAUCCCCUACUUUCUCUCCCUCCCCUCAUGGUGCCUGUGUGUUUCACUUAUAUGGCCAAGUGUUGAUUGUUGUAUGUAAAUGUAUUUCCAUCUGCCCCAUCCUCCACAAACCGAGGUGACCCAUGCAUCGCCUGUUGUGUCCGCUUCACGUAUGAACCUUUACAGCUCCUGUCACUGACCAAGAAUCAACAGGUUGUGUGAAACUUUUGUGUUUGUGUUUACAAAUGUUAAGAGAAAAGUCCUGAUUUGGAUAUUUUUUUUAAAGGGAAGACAAUGCAAGCAGACAGAGGAGCAAAAAUCCUCUCACUUUACCAUCAGGGGGGGGGCGGAGUACGAAUCCUCCAUUUUCAGGUCCUUAUCUACUGAAUACUUGAAGUAGGGGGUUCUCCUACCAUGAAAUACCAUUUAUAAUUUACAUGGUAGAAAACAUGAAACAUUUCAUUUGUGCCCAUGCAUGCUGGAUUUUACAUAAUGUGCCAACUGAAAGCGAUGAUUUAAGGAUAAUCUCCUGUUCUCUAUGCAGAGCGAUUUCUCAACUGUUGUGUCAAAUAAAAGGGUUUGAAGACACAGAGGCUUAGAGGCUGGGGCUGGUUUCCUAGGCUUAGACCAACGACUAAUCCUGCUUGUGAACGGUGGAGUCGAGAAGUCAAGUGUGCAUCUGUGCCUAGAAGCAGCCGUAUAGAAAGACUCGAGUUGAAAGGCCUGUAGGUUCACCAGUAAUUCUCAAAGGCCUUGGAGAAGAAAGCAUGAAAAGCCUAACACAUACUUUCACUUUAUUGUUGUCUACAAGUUGUUUUUCUUUUAUUAUGUUGCUGAACCUUUGGAUCAAAACAAAUCACUGUGACCAAUGCCAGAAACAUUUUUCUUUUGACAGAACAACUAUUGUUUACUUUUUUAUUCAUUUUUGUAUUUAAGUUAACUUUAUUUUUUUUCUAUUGUUUCAGUUUACCGAAUAUGCCAGUUUGAGACUGUACUAUUUGUAUAUGUCAAUGUUUUGAGCUGUACAGUAAAGACCUAGGAACAAGUUAAAUGUGAGUGUCCAGCAUGCUGAAUGAUUACUUGUGUGAACGUGAGCUAAUCUCCCAUAAAGCAUCAUUCCUCAUUCAUUACUUGCAUCCGCAUCGUGCAUUGUGACGGUGUGAUGUUGUGUUUGAGAGUGACGUGUGUCUCACUUACUGUGUCCCCUUAGUAGACAGCCUGUGCAGUUUUGUGAGGGUGCAGCAUGUUUUUGGGGUUGCUUGUGUAAAUGUAUUCAGAAAAGAGAGAGAUGUGCGUGUGUGCAUAGCUGCGUCUGUGUGAUUGUGUGCGUAUGUGUGAUUGUGUGCGUGUUAUGAAUGCAUAAGAGAAAAAUCUAUUUAAAAAAAACUUUAUCAGAGGAAGUCCCUAGAGUAAAAAAAAAAAGUGAGACUGAGUCAAAGUUUUGAAUGACGCAUGGAUACUCGGUGAUGUUUUCUGUUUUUUAAACCUAGGAGGCUGUCCUCAGUGACCCAGUUUGCUAUUGUAUGUGCUGUAUCAGAAUAUUACUAUUGAGUGUUGGCCAGCUUGUUUAUAUCCAUCAAAUAAAGGUGACUUUCUUUCUGUC